UGCAGGCACGAUCAACAGGGAUGUGCUGUGGCCACUGGCCAGUGGGCGCGGGUGACGAGUGACAAGGGCAGCUCGGGCCGACGAAUAAGGCAGGAGUCAUAAGAUAGUUCUAGCUAGAUUGUUAUACCCUAAAUAAUUUCCUUAUAUGCACUCAGAGUACUAGAUGGUUAUUGCAAACAAAAAAAAUUUCCUUAUGGCGGAUUUUCCUUUUCACUGUCUAUAUAUAUAUACCGAGAUCGGCAGACACAGCUAAAGUCAUAUUCAGGUCAGUUUCGUAUUGUCACCAAAAACAAUGGCCUUUCUCAUCUUCUUGUGUUUUUCAUCUUUUCUUCACCUUUCUAUUUCCAUGUCUUCUCCAUCGCCAUUGCCAGUCUUCUCAUCCGCAGCUGGGCAAGAAGUCGUGCAAGAUGCAGUCAGAAGCAUGAACAUGUCGCUGCACCGACGGAUGCUUGGCGACGACGACUGCGGCACUGGCAACACGGUGGACGACUGCUGGCGCUGCGACCCCAGCUGGGCGGACAACCGGCAGCGCCUCGCUGACUGCGCCAUCGGGUUCGGCCGCGACGCCGGCGGCGGCAAGAACGGCAAGACGUACGUGGUGACGGACCCGAGCGACGAUGACCCGGCGGCCCCGGCGCCGGGCACCCUCCGCUACGGCCUCGUCCAGGAGGAGCCCCUGUGGAUCACGUUCGCGCGCGACAUGACCAUCAGGCCCAAGGAGGAGCUGGUGGUGUCCUCGUACAAGACCGUGGACGGCCGCGGCGCCGCCGUGGUCGUCGGGGACGGCGGCGCCUGCUUCGUGCUGCACAACGUGAACCACGUCAUUAUCCACGGGCUCGCCAUUCGCGACUGCAAGCCUGCGCGGUCGUCGUCGUCGUCUGCUAGUGGUGGUUUGUCGGACGGCGACGGCAUCACCAUCCUCAGUUCCACCGACGUGUGGGUCGACCACUGCACGCUUGAGGCCUGCACCGACGGCCUCAUCGAUGUCACGGAAGGCUCCACACGCGUGACCCUGACCAACAACCUCCUGAGGAACCAUGACAAGGCAAUACUUCUCGGCCACAGUGACAAUUUCCCUGAUGACAAGGACAUGAAGGUCACCGUCGCGUAUAACCGUUUCGGGCCAGGUCUUGUUCAAAGAAUGCCAAGGUGUCGGUUCGGGCUGUUUCAUGUCAUCAACAAUGACUACAUAAACUGGCAGCUAUAUGCCAUUGGUGGCAGCGCUUCGCCAACAAUUCUGAGCCAUGGCAAUCGAUUCCUCGCUGACAAGGAAAAAGAGGUGACGAAGCGCGAGGAAGCACCAGAGAGUGAGUGGAGUACCUGGACCUGGAUUUCUGAAGGUGAUAUGAUGCUCAACGGCGCAUUCUUCAGAUCAUCGGGCAGUGCCAGACCAGAUGUCGACACCCCUAGCUUCGCCAAAUCGGUCUCUUCAGUGUCGUUGAUGACUGCCUCGGCAGGGGUUCUGUCAUCAUCCAAAGAGGCAGGGGCGUAUGCGUAUACAGGGGGUGGGCUGGGUGGGGCUCGGCCCACCCUAACGUCUGGCCCAAACACUCUGCUAUCCUUAGGUUUUGUGUUAUAUGUUCUUAUUUAUUACUCGUAGAAAAGUAGCUACCUACGUGAUGAAUUAUAUGCUCGGGCCCCGUUAAUUGUUCAGUCCAGGGGCAUCGAUCGUCUGAUGGAAGAACAGGCAUGCAUUUGACAAUUUUAGUUGUUGGGUGCAGGGCAGGACAUGAUAUCCAUCCUUAUUGGAUAUCAAGUUAUAAUAUGUCUCUGUACGUUUAUUGUUAAUCCUUUCAGAAUUUUUUAUUUUUGCCAUUGCAAUCAUAUGGCUUUGCAAAUUUACCAUCGUUAA